UUUAGAAAGGUGGCGGGGUCCGCCAAAUGUAAACAAAGUAAAAUGAGCAUGCCACUGAGUUGUCCUUUAAGGUCGGCUUGUUUAUUAAGUUUAUUUAGUCAUUAUACAACUUUAUAAACUGAUUUUAACUACAGUGAGUGUGAAGUAUUCACUGAAACGUGUGCAUAAGGUGAAAUAGUGUCUGAUCAUUGCCUCUGAGCGCCGCGAUGAUGCGCCUCAGGGUGCCGAGCUCCCCGCGGAGAAUGCAGUUCCCACAGCAACCACAGAGAGGCAGGAGAGCACUAUGGCACGUUGCCAUGACUUCCAACAUCCAUGGAAUGUGAACCAUAAGCAUAAAGCAUGGCAGAUUCCACUGACACAACAUCCGGACCAGUCUGCGUCUCAGUAGUAGCAGCAGUUUGAUGGGCACGAACACUGACUCUCUGAUCAGCAGCCAGGUGCCACCAGCAGCUCGUUGAUGGAGGUCCACUGUAGGUGAGACCCAUCUGUAGGUCGCAUCCUGGUUCCUAUUGGCCGAGGGCAGGUCUGGGUGCCUCUGUGCUGAGAGGAGGAGCGAGCAGACCGUCACACUUCCGCACAUCUGGUGCCCGUCUUUUGAACCACGUCCAUCUAAUUUCUGCUGAUCCCUUUCAAUUAUUCCACAAUCAGUCAUCUUCAGAUCUGACGAGGCUCUGAGCUCAAAUGUGCAGCACCGAAUGAGUUUAUCACCUCAAAUCCGAAUGAUAAACAGACAUCAGAAUAGACACUACUGACACAAUUGUUUGCGCAUAUUUAUAUUUUAUAGUCCAACAAUAAAGACUCUGAAGCUGGCAGGGAAACAUAGUGUGCACUGCAAAAAGUGUAAAGUUGCCUCAUCGUUGCACAGGGCGUUCAGAAUUUAAACCUGGUGAUUUCAUACAGCACAUUUCAUUCUAUAUGGUAUUUUCUUCAUUAAAAAUUAAAUCUCCGUCUUCGCUCCAGUACAACACACCUCCUGACACUUGUUUUUAGUCGCAUAUCGGUGAAACUGCACCCGAAACUCGCAGGUUUCGGCCGCACCCCUUUCAUAUAGUGCGCGAUCUGUCUAAUUAUUCUUUCUUUAAUUACACCUCAAGACUAAACAUGGGACUAUACAACUUGUCGUGCCAGUCAUUUCUUGCAGCGGAGGGCUGCAUGCAGCAGUGUAGGAUCAUGGCUGAGGCGUGCUGCUGCUGGGAGAAGAAGGCCUGAACACGGCAGGUCCCUCUCUCUCUCUCUGUCUUCUUCUUCUUCCUCUUCUUCCUCUCCUUCUUCUCCUCCUCCUCUCUGCCAUCUUGCAGGUAAAGUUGCCUGCCAGGGGUCCUGGGCUGAGAAAGUGGCCAAACCCUCCCACAGUGGGAUGUUUUCUCUGCUGCACUCUGGGCUGGUUUCUAUUCAAAUGUGGGUCAGGGGUGAGGAAGCCUAACGUCAUAAGCUUGCAACAUGGCGUCCCGAAGGCUGUGAGAUGAGCAAGAGGAUGGUAAAGAACGCUUGAGAACGAUCCUACCGAUGUAAUAAGCUUCAGGUGGUGCUCGUGUAGGAAGAGAGAGAGAGAGAGAGAGAGAGAGAGAGAAAGAGAAGGAGAGAGAAAGAGAAGGAAAGAAAGAAGGUGGAAAUGGAACUGCCAAAUCAUGCCAAACAACUGCUGCUGCAACUCAACCAGCAGAGAGCCAAGGGCUUCCUGUGUGAUGUUAUCAUCGUGGUGGAGAAUGCGCUCUUUCGUGCCCACAAGAACAUCCUGGCGGCGAGCAGCAUCUACUUCAAAUCUUUGGUCCUCCACGAUAACCUCAUUAACCUCGACACAGAGAUGGUUAACCCCUCUGUAUUCAGACAAGUUCUGGACUUCAUCUACACUGGGAAGCUCCUGUCCUCGUCGGAGCAGAGCAGUGAGCAGAACUUCAGUGCCCUCUUAACCGCAGCCAGCUACCUCCAGCUCCAUGACCUCGCCGCUCUGUGCAGAAAGAAGCUUAAGCGCAAUGGCGGGAAACCCCUGCCAGGUAAACCCUCCACUCCAGGUCCCCUUAGCCGCUUACGCAUCAACAACCAGCGCCUUUCCUCUUCUACCCCCGCUGGCCCUAAAAACCACUAUCCUCUGACCCCUUCCGAUGCCGACCAGCCACAGCCAGAUGAAGGCCUUCGGGACAAGCUCUCAGAUGACGAAAUGUUUGUCGGCAGCACUGGGAGGAAUGGGAAUGGGGGGAAUGGCGGCAGUAACGGUAACCUCAGCAGUGGAGGAAGUGCUGGGGAGCCAGACCUUGGACUAGACCUGUCCAAGAAGAGCCCUCCAUCUGCGGGCACAGCCACUGACGCCCUCAGCCCACACAGCAACUCCCAAGAAUCCCCGCAAUCUGCCUCAGUAUCCACAACCAACAGUGCCUCACUGGAUGACUCGUCUACCACCCUACCAGGUGGAGACACCUGUGGCUCAGAGAACAUGGAGCUCAACUCCUCUUCUAAAGCCUCAGAGGAAACUGGAAACCAGCCUGAUGGCCCCCCACCCCAGAAGAAAUCCCGGCAGGGUGCUCGCAAGAAUGAAUGGCCUAAGAAAGAGGCGUCAGGGUUGAAGUCAGAAGAUCAUGACAGGCCCCUGGUUAAUGGGGUGAUCGUGGUUCCUAAAGAUGGCCGCUCCUCUGGGGCUGGAGGGGGCAGCGGCAGCAGCUUCACCUCUGACCAGUGCAAAGAUGAGGAGGAAGGUGGGGAGAACGGCCAAGACCACAGUGAAGAGAGCGGGCAAAGUGACGGAGAGAGUGCAGGAGGUGGAGGAGGAACAGGAGGGGGACAAAGCGCCAACUACGUGUACCGGCAGGAGGGCUUCGAGCCAGCGUUUGGAGACAACCUCUAUGUGUGCAUUCCCUGUGGUAAGGGCUUCCCCAGUUCUGAGCAGCUCAAUGCUCACGUGGAGACACACACCGAGGAUGAGCUCUACAUCAAAGAAGGGGGAGGGACCUUUGUGAAGGAGGAAGAUGAGGAGGAGGCGGAGGACCUAUCUGCCCCCACGGGCCCCUCCAACUUUGGCUCUGAAGCGCGUCCGUUCAAGUGUACAGUCUGCAGUAAGAGCUACAAAGACCCGGCAACGCUGAGACAACAUGAAAAGAGCCAUUGGCUGACCAGGCCUUUCCCCUGCAACAUCUGUGGCAAAAUGUUCACCCAGAGGGGCACCAUGACGCGCCACAUGCGCAGCCACCUCGGCCUCAAGCCGUUUGCGUGUGAGGAGUGUGGCAUGCGCUUCACGCGCCAGUACCGUCUGACAGAGCACAUGCGUGUCCACUCUGGGGAGAAGCCGUACGAAUGCCAGCUUUGCGGGGGGAAGUUUACCCAGCAGCGCAACCUCAUCAGUCACCUGAGAAUGCACACCUCACCCUCUUAGAAAUGCAUCAAGCCAAAGAACUCUGGGAAUAGAAACAAACAAAAAAAAAAAACAUUUCUCUACCUUUUUUUUCCCAUCUCAACAGCAAAGAAACGCACACGUACACGUUCACACGCAGACACAAACACAGUUCAACAUGUUUAUUCCAGUUUAUGAUGCCCUGGCUAAGUGAAUGAUGUAGCUGUUAGCCACAGUGGGCUCUUGGUGAGGAUCAUGGAUCAUGUCACCAUAAUAUAACAAGUGACGUCUGCUCACCUCUCAGGAGUUCUCGAGAGACAAUUACUCCUGUCUCUCUCCAAAGUCACAAAGCCAUGGUGGAGUGGCACGACUUCUGGUCUGCGUUGCAAGUCUGUCAAAUGUGAAUGUGGGUACUGAUAUGUCAAGCCCACCCCCACCCCCACCCCCCACCUCAUAUCCCAGCCUUUCUACACUUUACCUGUGAGUGCUGAGUUUCUCAGAUUGUUCCUCACGCCGAAGAACUCCAGAGUCCCCACUGUACUCCAGCGCUACCUUAACCAAAAAGAAAACCCGUGCAAACAAUACUGGCAAUAAUUCAGCAAAAAGAUUAUUUCUACCCUGACAGCUUUAUAUCCUCUGUUAUGUUGGUGAUGGGGAUCUGUAUGUAAGAGGAGGGGUAACUGGGUUUGGGACCAUCUCCAAGCUUUAACUGAAAGUCCUGAAGGAAGGUUUGUGGUGGGAUGACAUUGGAUUAAGUUUCAGUUUUACAGACAGCAAAUACUCCUCUCUGCAGCUGUUUGCAGUGACAGAGCGGCUUUUCAUUGUUUUUUGUUUUUUUUUUCGGUUUUGCCUGCUAGUGCUCCCAGGAGUGAACCCUGGUUGGAAAGAUGAACCCCUCGAGGUACUUUUGUUUUACUUAAAGGACUUGUAAUGUUUCAGUGAAUGUUUAAACUGGAAGGU